AGGAGGACCCAAUAAUACAUUCAUAUGGCUGAGACCAUCAGCUCUUGAUUCUCUAAUAUCCAGCAAUCCUUCAGUUAGCUCACUUCUUAAUUCUGAGUCUCCGAUUGCAGUAGAUGACAUUGUCAAUCAGCUAUCAAGCAUUACAUUAUCCAAUGGGCCUACUUUUACUUUAUACUCUAUCAAUGCUACUGAAGAUGGUGGUAAUUAUGUUUGCUAUGUGGUAAAUGCUGCUGGAGUGGAGAGCAACACUACAACACUUUAUGUUAUACCAGUCAUCACAGAGGACCCAAGGGAAGCCUUUACUAAUGUCAGUGACACUGUUACAUUAACUUGUCGUGCUGAUUCUUUCCCAGCCCCUAACUAUCAAUGGGAAGUGAUGAAUAGAACCAGUGGGUACUUUGAGCCGUUAGAUGAUGAAACUAGUUACAUAUUAACACUGGAGUCUAUCAGUUAUGAGGAGUAUGGUAUGUACAGGUGUGUAGCUACUGCUAAAGGUAUAGAAGAGAAUGCUACAUCAACUCCAGCACUUGUUACUG